GAACGAGGUGGGGACGCCACGCGACUGACGCUCACGCGUGUACUGUGUGCAGCGCAGCGCAUCACAUCGCCAUCGUCCUCGACGAAAACAUCGGCCGAAAAACGUUCGAAUUGGCGGCUGCGAGGACUUGCCGCGCGACAGACCGCGUGUUAUGUCGAGCGUCGCGGGGACGGACGGCGCGCGUGUUAAGGAAAUGCGAUUCGCAUCGCUCAGUCAUCCGCCAGACUAUUAAACACACGCUCGCGCUGGUGAGGUGAUGCCUGGCGACGGCAACGUGCCUGGCGCGACGAGAUGAUGAACCUCCUCCGCUGCGGACACGACACGCCGGAGAUUUCUCGGGAUUAGAACGGUGUUGCGACACGUGCGAGUAAAAUGGCCUGGCUGACCUGGUCGACGGAUAUCAAGAAGCGGGCCUGCAGGUACCUGCUCCAACGCUACCUCGGCCAAUUUCUCGAGGAGCUCACGCUGGAUCAACUGACCGUCGAUCUGUACAAUGGCACGGGACGAGUCGUCAACGUCAGCCUUGACGUGCAGGCGCUCAACGACAUGGGAGAGCAACAACAUCUCCCGCUGGAAUUCGUCGAUGGUUUCAUAACGGAGAUAUCCCUCAGCAUACCAUGGGCGGCGUUGCUCUGUCAAGCGAGUUACGUGGAGGUGAAGGGUCUACGGCUCACGGUGCAGCCCCGGCAGAGAGUUGAUACGGGUACAUCGAUGUUUGAAUCCAUGUGGAGCUCCAUGACGUCCAGCAUGCAACUCGCACAAGAGUGUUUGCAGCAGGACGCAGCCAACGCGGGAAACGCUCAGCCCUUGGAGGCGGUCGAGAUCUUCGCGCGGACUAUAGAUUCGAUUUUAUGUAGAGUCAAAGUAAGAUUUAUCGAUACUGUGAUACGCUUGGAACACGUACCUUUGAACUCUUCCACGGGAGUUGCGGUCGAAGUGUCGAUACAGAAUCUGGAGUACUCCGACGAGGCUGGAUUAGAUCCCAGCAAUACGUCUCUGGAUCCCGAAUCCGCGAAGGGUUACAUCGUUUCGGCAUUCUCCACCAAGCGAUUUUACAUGGAGGGAGUGACUUUUCACACGGACGAAUUUCCCUCUCGCGCGAGAACGUUUUCCAGGAACGUGGUGGCAAGCACGUGCUCCACUCCCGACUCUAAAAAUUCGGACAGUCUGUUUACCUCCGCACAAAUGUCUCCUACGCAGAGCACGUUGCACACUCCACUGGAAGGAAAUGCCGCUAACAGCCCGAACGAAUCAAAUCCCAUCAUGUUCGCUAAGCUAGCGGGUAGACAGGAAGUGAGAUUGAAGAUGAAGCAAGGGGAAGGCGUGUCGGGACCAAAGGUAGAACUGGAAAUUAAUCUCGGAUCGCUUACUUUGUUCUUAAGUCCCAGACAGUUGCACGUUCUGUUAGAAUUGUCGCAUGGCCUAGCGUCUCCGGACUUGGAAGAUAUCAGUAAUGUUGUUCCGAAGAGGUACGCGGAGAAACCUAUGGCUGGGAGCGAUUUCAGUCGCAUAGAACGUGAACUUAUCCAUCAGACGCAUCCUAUGCAAGAUUUGAAGACUACGGAUCUACGAUACGCUCAAGGAUGGUCGACGGGAUCCGUGGACGAGUCCGACAACGAGGAUGAAUUCUUACCGAUGAAAUUGCCGGGAUCCGCGUCGAUGUGCGAUUCGAUUGCCAGCAACAACUUCAGCAUGGACGGCAGCAUCACGGCCAGCAGCAUCAGCUCGAAAAGCUCGGCGACGAAUCUGCCGAGGCACAAUCGACACAGGCACAACGUGGACAGCGAUACCACGGCGGAGACUACGCAGUUUCAUAUAAGAGUGUCCUCCGUCGCUUUGGUUUUGUUGCACGAGGAUAUACUGACGCCCUGCAUGGAGCAACUCGGUCUAACCUCCAGCAGCAUAAGGCAGAUGAGGAAUGCUGCGAAGGAAUUUUUCAGACAAUUAGGAACGUUCGCGAUGGGUGGCUUUGGAAGUAAAGAUUUCGAGGCAGCCUCGAAAUCGCUCACAGACGCUUGUCGACUUAGUCAUAUUAGAUUGUUAGCGGCGCCAUUGGUGGUCGAAGGCAGCGAAAAGACUACUAGUCAAUACUCUACGAUAUCAGGAAGCUUAACAUUAGCCAGUUUAGAAGUUGUAGAGUGUCUGAUCGACUCCAACAACGCCAGCUCGCAUGGAACGCCAACGACGGAGUUCGUCGAGCUGCUGGCAUUUGCGAAGGAGAGCGCGGCCAAUAUUGGAUUUUCUAAUAAAACCGACUUUAGAAUGAGAUUUAAAUAUACGGAGAAGGCUGUUCGGCAUGCUCACAUGACGAAAUUUACACAUCCACGCACAGAGAUCGAAAUUCAAAUGGAAUCCUGCAGAGUCGAAGUAGACAUUACGAUUGUAGAUAGGAUAUCCGCUAUUCUUAAUCCGCAGCCAAUAUGCAUUUGCAAUCCUGUAGUAAAUGCUAGAGAUGCUAAUCAACAGACUCUGUUCGAUCAAGCUGUGGACAGCGCAACACUGCCAGAUUCCAGAGUGAACGUGAAAAUUUCCUCGUCGUCGUGCACGAUUAAGCUGCGCUUUCCCGUGCCGGAUCUGAGGCCGCUGCACGACAUGAGUCGCGCGCCAUGGUGGAAGAGAUCCGUGCGGUCCGACUAUAUGAUAGUGCAAAUGACAGACGCACAAGUUCACUCGACGAUGGACAGCCGAUCUCCCUACCUUGCCAGACACGAGCUGCAGUGUCGUCGAUUGUCGCUGCUCUACAUGGAGACCGAGGGCGACGUGCCGAUCGAGAUCGGCCUCGCCACGGCCGACGAGAAGAGCGACGCCGCGUCGUGUCAACAGGUGAGCGACGACCUCGGUUGGGCGCGAGUGGUGGUUAUCGUGUAUCCGGAACGUCUCAGCGCACCGCUGGAGGACAGCUCCGACGAGGAGCCGGAGAACGACAAGCGGAUCCUGGACGACAACCUGGAGAAAACGCCGAAGCACGCGCCCUCCCCGUUCACCUCCAGACGGAUCAUGCGCGAAUCCGACACGCUUCACUCGAGAUCCCACGAGCACGGUGAGAAGAACGAGCAAAGCGAUGGCGAGGAGCUCAUCAUACCGGGCAAUCGACAAGAGAUGCUGGAAUUUAUAGAGGAGGGGAUACACGGCUCUAGAUUGCAACUGGAGAUCAAUCUACCUUGCGCUUCCGUCCAGAUACCCUCUAAACGCAUUUACGAGCAGCUCUAUAAUCGAUUCAACACCGAUCUGUUUCUGUGGGAGCCGUCGGCGCCCAAGCCGAAGUACACCGCGCACAUGGAGGGUCACAUCGGCCUCGACUUGGCGUCGACUCUUUUGCAGGAAUCCGUUUAUCCUAGAUUCAGCAUGUGCAAAAGUGGAAUUCAGUAUAACUCGGACUCCGACUCGGACGAGGAAGGUAUAUUCCAUUUUGCGACGAGUGAAAAGAGCCACAAGGACCAUCAGCAGACACGGAUGUCGUCGAGGAAGGCUCAGAGCAAGCUGGCGGUGACUUUGAGCAUCAAUCAGGGCCUCCUGUCGAUGUAUACUCCCGUGCGCGAUUCUAUGCGCAACGUCAUACCGGGCCAGCAAGGGGAGCUGAUCAUCCGAUUGGAGGACGCCACGAUAUUCUCCGUGACGUCGUACAAGGGAAACGCGAACCUCAGCUAUGCCUGUGCCAUGAUUAAAACCGCGUCGCUGGACCACUGCGGUCUGACGACAAGCCCGUCGCAGACGCCGCCGUUGAGGUGCAUCAACAGCGUCCGGCCGCGGCACUGCGAGCCGACGAUAUACCGCAGCGGAUCCGAGAGCAGCGUGACGUCGUGUCCCAGCGACAAGGACAUGGUGACGGUCGCGCUGAGGAUACAAGCGGCCCACCAGACGCAUCGUAUAAAGACCUUCCGGGUCGCGAUGGGCAUAAACAACGGCACGCUGCGGCACCGGAUGUGCUCGCCCGCCACCUCGUGGUUCACAGAGAUGAUGGACUGCCUGGACGUGGCGGAUCAUCCCGUCGCCGGCUACACGCCGCCCGGCGUGCUGACGGAGCUGCAUCUGCAUCUGUGGGACUGCGCGAUUGACUACCGGCCGCUUCAUCUGCCGCUGAGAUCCGUGGUGACCCUCGGCAAUUUCAGCGUGUCGAGCAACAUCACGGCGCAGACGAACACGUCGACGUUGCGCUUCAUCGCGGAGGACGUCGCGCUCUUCAUCUCGGACAGGCUGCGCGAGAAGUCGGUGAAUCUGCGACGGAAUUACGUGUGCGUGAUGAACUUCGGCCUGUUCGAGCUGUCGCUGCGCCUGAACGACAGGAUGUACGGUGGCGCGCCGCGGGUCGAUCUCCGCGCGAGCAACAACGUUCUUCAUGUGCGCACGUGCUCGGACUCUGGUCGCGCUCUCAUGCAGCUGCUCACCUACGUCGCCAACGACGGCGAUCUGCAGCAGCCGUGCGGCGCGACCAGCGCCGGCAGCAGCAGCAGCACCGAAAGCAUUCCCACCGCGCCGCCGGCGACGGCUGCGAAAUACGAGGAGACCCUUCUCAGCGUCGAGAGCAUCAACACUCUGAGCCGGAGCCAGGUCGAGCGGGUUUACAGCCUGAUGGAGGACGCGCUGGAGGAAACCGUGAAGGGCACGACGAUUCAGACCGGAAGUGAGAACGGCAAGGCGCCGAUGACGGAGAAUCGUGUCGAGUUCUUCUUCCCCGACGAGUCCUGCGCCGCGUCGCAAACCACGGAGACGCGCAAUAAUUCGCAGCCGUGCUGCAACGCGGUCGUUGACGACGACGACGACGACGACGACGACGACGAGUUUUGCAUCCUGGGAGAGGAGGCCGGCGCGGGGAUAAUACCGCGCUACGGAGUACCUGAGGUUCGGUCGCUGUGCCAAGAACCGCUGAGGAUAGUGGAUAAUCAUUUUUCCGUGCCGGCUGGCAAAACCGACCUGCUGCAGACCCCGCCCAACUACCCUGCGCCCGUCCUCAAGUACACCCUCUGCGAAAUGACGCUGAUAUGGCAUAUGUACGGCGGCAACGACUUCGACAGCUCGCAACCGCAGUCUGGGAAGCACGUGACCAUCGGCGACAACGUCCGCGGCAAUAUCGCGCACGGAAGGAGCAGAUCUGCCAUAGGUGCAGUAGGCUUCAACAAGUCUAGUCCGAACGAAAUACACUUCGGCAGCGUGCCGAACUCACCGCGCGCAACGAAAGGCAACGAAUCGUUGAUUGAUUGGCACACGCUGGGCGGUCCGGGCCGGCGGCACGACGUGCUGAUGGAGCUGCAAUUAAGCAAAGUACGCUUCCAGCACGAGGUCUAUCCGGAGAACACCCGGGAAGCGUCCAGGCAGGUGCUGCUGGUGCACGAGAUCGAAGUAAGGGACAGACUGGCGUCGUCGCACAUCAAUAAAUUCCUUUAUCAAUACAGCAGCGAGGCGAGACCCAGGCAGUCUCACUCCAUUAUGUUUACGAUGAAGGCAGUUCACGUAAGGCCGGAUCCCAGAUUAAGUGCCCAAGAAUGUUGUUUGAAAAUUAGUCUACUGCCACUGCGACUGAACAUAGACCAAGAUAGCCUACUGUUCUUAAUACAAUUUUUUAACGAACUAGGCGGUGGAUCGAAGCGAAGCCAAGAAACCUCUAGCACACCCAAUAGCUCGCAAUCCACCCCCGUAUCGAAACAAGGAACACCCACGCAUCAUCCGCCGAUUAUGAGCGUGAAUGGUAACGCGUUGACGAAUGACGAUUACGCGAUGAUGAAUAUGUCGCAGAAUAAUAUCAUUGAUCAGAAUCUACUGAUACUUCUGGAAGACGAGCUGACGUUCCGCGAGAGCAAGAUCAAAACCAAGACUGUCCAUCAGGUCCGCGACGACAGUCAACCGAUAUACUUUAGAAGCGUGGUCUUCGGUCCGGAGGUCCUCAUCAGGUUGGAUUAUCACGGGAAGCGCGUGGACUUCACUCACGGACCGUUGGCGGGACUGCUGAUGGGCUUGGCGGAGCUGAAUUGUUCCGAAUUAAGACUGAAGAGACUGUCGCACAGGCACGGACUCUUGGGAUACGACAAGCUUCUCACUUAUCUGGCUUCGGAGUGGCUGCAGGACAUCAAGAAGAAUCAACUGCCGAGCUUACUCGGCGGCGUGGGCCCGAUGUACUCUGUGGUACAGUUGUUUCAAGGCAUACGCGAUCUGUUCUGGUUACCAAUCGAACAAUAUCAGAGGGAUGGAAGAAUUGUACGCGGUUUGCAACGUGGAGCGAACAGUUUUACAACGUGCACCGCGAUGGCGGCGUUAGAGUUGACGUGCAGAAUCGUGCAAGCGUUGCAGACCACAGCCGAAACGGCGUACGACAUCGUUAGUCCUGGUCCCAGCGUGAAAUGCAAGAAUAAAGGGCAAAAGGGUCGUCGAAAGAAGUACAAUCAGCCGCUGGACAUUCGAGAGGGGGUGUCGAAUGCUUACACGCUGGUUAAAGAGGGCUUGGGCGAGACCGCGACUCAGUUGGUCCGUGUGGCGAGCGAGGAGCACGAGCACAAGGGCCCGGUAGGCGCGGUCGGCGGUGUGCUGCGACAGAUACCGCCGACGGUCGUGAAACCGAUUAUCCUAGCCACAGAAGCGACUAGCAACGUGUUAGGCGGCAUGCGAUCGUCAUUGGUGCCCGAUGCGCGCCGAGAGGCGGUUCAAAAGUGGCGGCAGGACUCCGAUGCAAGCUAAUUCCGUCGGUGAAGGAAGAAGAAGGGAGAUCGCUGAAUCGGAGAUCGUCAGUCAAUUUCGCUCAAAUAACGCUUCUCUAUCACGGCUCUAUUAGGCCGAGUCAUUUUUUUAUUGUAAUAUAUAUAAUUACGACACAUACGCGUACGCGAAAGAGAAUACUAAAUAGGUGUAAGAAUAGCCAAUGCGUUUGGCAGUAUAUUGUGAUUAUAGCAAUUACUCAUUAGAUCUGUGCGAUUUAUUCUCGCUCGAUCUGUGCGAUUAGGCCUCGAUGGAUCGACGACAAACGCUAAGGAGACGAUAGACCUAAGACGUGGAUCACCGACGACGGACGAGGGAGAUGUGAGAAGUCGCCGUUGGGUCCUAACUACGAGUGCUAUAUAACAUUAACGUAGUCAUAUACUCGGUUUCGUUGAGAGAAUUUCCUGUACAUUAUGAAUGUACAAAGUACGACUUGUUAUACUUGUAAAAUGUAAAGAUUACCUAGUUGUAUGCUCUAUGAUGAAGGAACAUAAUAGCACCGAUAUGUUCCUUCUCUAUAUAUGUACGUGUGUAUGCAUGUCAUAUGUAUGUAUGUAUAUGCAUGUACGUAUAUAUAUUAUGUAUAUUCUUGUU